CUCGGGGUCAUUAUACCGAUAAGGGAAAGGAGCAGGACUCCGAAUCUCUAAGAAGUAGGGAGUGAGGCCAGUAGAGUCCGCGCACCUCCUAGAGGCUUCCUACCAGGCCCUGGGUUGCCGACCUGGGAGCCAAGGAAGAACCAGCAUGGUAGUUAAUGCCAGAGUCGAGGACAAUGCUGAAAGGAAUGACGAGGCUUAUCUCAAGGGUUCAUGAGUUGAACCCUGGAUAUUUUUUGCAUACGGGGACCCAGGCACCCCAAAGCAUUGCUGCUCACCUAGAUAACCAGGUUCCAGUUGAGAGUCCCAGAGCUGUUUCCCGCACCAGUGAGAGUGACCCGGUGGUUGGCCAUAGUUUACCAAUCCCUGGUAUGAAGAAUGCUAGAGAAAUCAAAUUACCUGCCCAAGAUCACACAGCAGGACAGGCCAAGCAUGGGGAGCAGCAUGAAGGUCAACACUACAACAUCCCCUUCCAGGAUUUGAAGACUGUAUUUCCCCAUGGCCUGCCUCCCCGCUUUUUAAUGCAGGUGAAGACAUUCAGUGAAGCUUCCCUGAUGGUAAGGAAACCAGCCCUAGAGCUUCUGCAUUAUCUGAAAAAUACCAGUUUUGCUCAUCCAGCUGUUCGGUAUGUUCUCUAUGGAGAAAGGGGAACUGGAAAAACCCUCAGUCUUUGCCAUGCUAUUCAUUUCUGUGCUAAACAGGACUGGCUGAUACUGCAUAUCCCAGAUGCUCAUCAUUGGGUGAAAAAUUGUCGGGAUCUUCUGCAGUCCACCUACAACAAACAGCGCUUUGAUCAACCCUUAGAGGCUUCAACUUGGCUGAAGAAUUUCAAAACUGCAAAUGAACGCUUUCUGAGCCAGAUAAAAGUUCAAGAGAAAUAUGUCUGGAAUAAGCGAGAAAGCACAGAGAAAGGCAGCCCUCUGGGAGAAGUGAUUGAACAGGGCAUAACACGGGUGAAGAAUGCCACAGAUGCAGUUGGGGUUGUGCUAAAAGAGCUAAAGAGGCAAAGCUCUUUGGGUAUUUUUCAUCUGCUGGUGGCAGUGGAUGGAAUCAAUGCUCUCUGGGGGAGGACCACACUGAAAAGAGAAGAUAAGAGCCUGAUUGCCCCAGAGGAACUAGCACUUAUUUACAACCUGAGGAAAAUGGUGAAAAAUGAUUGGCAUGGAGGUGCCAUUGUGUUGGCUUUGAGCCAGACUGGUUCUCUCUUUAAGCCCCGGAGAGCCUAUAUGCCCCAGGAGUUGCUGGGAAAGGAAGGAUUUGAUAAUCUGGAUCCGUUUAUUCCCAUCUUGGUUUCCAACUACAACCCAAGGGAAUUUGAAAGUUGUAUUCAGUAUUAUUUGGAGAACAAUUGGCUUCAACAUGAGAAAUCUCAAACUGAAGAAGGGAAAAAGGAGCUGUUAUUCCUAAGUAAUGCAAAUCCUGGGCAGCUGGAGCGGCUCUGUGCCUACCUCUAAGCCAGGGUCACAACAUCCCUGGAAGACAAUGGACGUUUCCUUUAAGCGGGACCUAAUCGGAUGGGGAAAUCCCACAGGACACAGGAAAAGCAGGCAGGCCCCUGCCCUCAUGGGAUUGGACGUAACUGCAGUUACCUGCCAACAUUCCCUGGAAUGGAUUCCUUGAAAAAUGACUGUAAUAGUAACAAGUACCCUAUUGCCUGAACUAAUACCAGUUUUUUGGUGUAGUUUUCACAUUUACGAUAAUCAUGGCUCUUUUCCUUAAAAAAUAAAAUUAAAUGUCUUUCUUAAAAUGUUA